AUGCUAUUGAAGCGUGCCGGUGUCGCCGUGAGGACUUCCGCCAGCGCACCGAGCACCCUCGAGAACGGUUCCCAACACGGGGGAAUGGAUCAGCAAUCGAACGAAUCGGCGGCUGUGGCUGUGGCGGCUGCUGCAGCAGCUGCAGCCGCUGCUGCAGCCGCCAGCGGUCGAACGGCGGCCACAGCACAACCGGGUGAUUUUGCGGCCGCUGCUGCCGUGGUGCUGUCCCUUCAGAACACGAUGGUGACGAGCCUUCAGCAGGCCGCUCUAAUGCCGGCCAAUUCAGCCGCCGCAGCCGCUCUGAACCUGCAGGCGCUCGAGUCCUAUCUGACGCUGCAACGGAUCACCAGCAAAUCGGAGGUGCUUCGUUUGGCCGCACCUGGUGUUUCUCGCUCUACGCAACCCCUGCCUUCGAUGCCCAUCACGGGCCCCGGCUCUGGAGGUGACUCUUCAGCCUCGAACGCCACAGCGACCGGUGGCGAUUCACUCGGCGAGGACAUGUUCAUGGACACGUCAGGACCAGCGAUGCUGCUGCAGGGGAACGAGCUUUCAGACGAGCUUCCUGUGCUCGAUCAGGACGAAGAUCUCAACUUCGACGAUGGACCCGACGGUGGUCCGGACGAUGCGUCCGACGGCAAUUCGCUCGAUGGUGGCUAUCCCAGUCUGCUGUUAAACGCCGCCUUUCACCAGCAAAUGACGGCUGACAAAAUGAAGACACUGGCCGCGGUGAGUAGUGGUGGAUCGAGUGGAUCCACCAUCACCGCGUCCAUCACAGGUGGUGUCCUUGGUGGCAAGGAUCUGCAGGCACCGGCGACAUCAACGGCAUCGUCAUCACCCGCCGGAACGACGGCCGUGGCUGGGGCGAGUGGCCAACGGCCCAAGAAGCAGUUCAUCUGCAAGUUCUGCAACCGACAGUUCACCAAGUCGUACAACCUGCUCAUCCACGAGCGCACACACACGGACGAACGGCCGUACUCGUGCGAUAUCUGCGGCAAAGCCUUCCGUCGGCAGGAUCACCUGCGCGACCACCGCUACAUCCACUCGAAGGAGAAACCGUUCAAAUGCCUGGAAUGCGGAAAAGGAUUCUGCCAGUCGCGGACGCUGGCCGUGCACAAGAUACUGCACAUGGAGGAGUCACCCCACAAGUGUCCGGUGUGCAGCCGCAGCUUCAACCAGCGCUCGAAUCUCAAGACGCACCUGCUCACCCACACCGACAUCAAGCCGUACCACUGCAUCGCCUGCGGCAAGGUGUUCCGACGGAAUUGUGACCUCCGGCGGCACAGCCUCACGCACAAUCUGGGCGCGACGGCCGGCGGCACUGGCGGUGCGUUCGACCUAACCGGGGCACCUUCUGGCACCUCGAUUGGAACCGACGGGUCGCUGGCCACCUCCGAGGGUGAUUCCGAUGGGUGCGAGCUCAAAACCGUCGAUCUGAUGGCGCUGGCUGACGUCGACUAG